CAGCACACACACCGCCGCCGCCGCUGCCGGACGACGGCCGGAAGAUGGCCUCGCUGGCGAUCCCCGACGAGCUACUAGUGGACAUUUUCCUCCGCCUCCCCACCCCAGAGGACCUCAUCCGCGCCUCCGCCGCCUGCGUCUCCUUCCGCCGCCUCGUCGCCGACCGCUCCUUCCUCCGGCGCUUCCGCAAGAUCCACCCCCCGCCCCUCCUCGGCUUCCUCGACUCAGGUCGGCACCUCUUCCACCCCGCCGUGCCGCCUCACCCCUCCGCGCCGGCGGCCAGCGCCGUCGCCCUCGCCGCCGACUUCUCCUUCGCCUUCCUCCCCGCCCCCGCCCGGGACUGGUCCGUGCGGGAAGUCCGCGACGGCCGCGUCCUCCUCGACAGACCCCGCCGCCACGACUCCGUCGAUGGGUUCGGAGCCCUCUUCAAGGAGAUGGUGGUGUGCGACCCCUUGCACCGGCAGUAUCUCCUGCUCCCCCAAUCCCCGAUGACCUAGCCGCUUCGGUCGUGGACCAACUCCUGAUACAAGGGCAUUGCUUGGCCGAGACCUUCCUCGUCCCUCCCGGCAACGGCGACGAGGAGGAGGAGGGGACAUCAUUCCGGGUGAUCUGGAUGGGGCUGUUUGAAGCUAAGCUAGUGGCCGCUGUCUUCUCUUCCGGCACAGGGAAAUGGCGAGCCUUUUCAAGCGAGUUGUUGCUGGGCUUCCUGUUAUGGUCGUGGAUGGAUCUCUUCAUGUCGCGCCAUUAUGCACAUGGUUGCUUCUACUGGGUUUCAGGUUCAAUUGAAAAGUUGCUAGUGCUUGACAUUCAGAGGAUGGAGUUCUCCAUGGCUGACCACCCACCCUGUGCCAGAGCUUCGAGCGAUGAUGUGGCCAUCGUGGAGGCAGGCCAAGGCAUGAUUCGGAUGUUUGGGCCUAAACACGACACAUCUCGCCUUAAAUAUAACGUUUGGCGAAACAAUGCUGGGAUUUCUACCCAGUGGCAGAUGGAGGAGAGGACGUUCUCGCUGGAUUCUAGGUCCUUGCUCACGGGUGCGGUGGGGAGGCACUUGCUCCUGUAUCAGUGUGGAAGCUCGUCGGUCCAGACAGGUGGUUUCACGCUCGACGUCGACACAUCCCAGGUUGAGAGGGUGUGUGCUUCAUUUCCCGCACCGUCACACGUAUAUUGCAACUUCCCACCAUCGUUAUUAUCGUCACCGACAGUGUCAAGUGGCGCACGCCAUGCUGACGUCCAGGGAGCUGGGGAAUCUGUGCCAGUGCCUGAAGUACAGGAAGCUGGCCCUGGGGGCGCGCAAGGAACUGUCCUCCCAGUGGUCGUUCAAGUUUCAAACCACUUGUUCGUCGUCGUCAACGAUGCCGAGGCGCGUCGUGCUGUGGCGAGGGAAAGGAGGACAGGUCUCACUUCAUAAGUUGCCUUCAGUUUUCUUAAAUGUCAAUCACAUUACUAAGCCUUCCAACCAUUCUCAUAUGAAGGUUUUCAUAUAUAACCCAGCGAGAGACUAAUAGUUGCGUACCGUAAAAGAGAGCAACUUCAGCCUCAGUAGUAGUGUGCAACAUCAAGUGAAAUUGUCAGACAACAACUGAGCUUGUGUCCAUGUAAUGGUGUAUCCUUGUGCAUAUGCAGGCACACACCAUGCUGCUGAUGUCCAGGGAGCGGGGAGCGCUGUGCCGGUGCCCCAAGUGGAAGAAGCUGACCCUGGAGACGUGCAAGGACCUGCCCUUGCAGCGGCCGCUCGAGCCCCAAACCCCUUGCUCGCCGUCGACAGUGAUGCCGGCGGCGCUGGGGCUGGACCUGUGGGGGGUGCAGGGGCUGGUAGCCGAGCUAGAGAGGGCGCACGAGGAGACAAGGAGCCAGAGUAGCAGUACCAAUGCGUCCACGACGACCAAGGGUGUCAGAGGGUUGGAUGAGUGACUCGUCCUUUUUGUAAGUUUGUUGUGUGUUGGUCGCUGGUUAUGAGGUUGAUGAGCAAGGUUGGAUUGCAAAGCUUUCACCAUUAGCUGCCCUGUUGGUCGCCGUGCCAUCGUCGAUUUUGUUGCGGUCUCGACUCAUUAGCUGCAUUGCGUGGCUGUGGGACGUCCCACUGUUGUGAGGCAACGCUCAUCCAUGGUGUAUAAGAUUGGUAUUCAGCCCCCACUGUUGUGAGUAGACAUUCAUCUGAGUUAGCAUCAAGUUUUUGUGUGAUAGUAAAAUCAAGGUCAUUUGCCUGUGGCACCAGUUUUACUAGACUCUGGAAUGAGUUGAGUAGUUGUAGUGGACUUUGGAAUGAGUUGAGUAGAAACUCCCAGUGGAAAACAAGUCCAGCUUUGGAAUUGUUAUGCAGU